CAAUUUACCAAAGUUUAGUAUAUAAACUCCAGCAAUAAGUGCAAUAAUAUCAUCAGUUCUUUAAACUUUUUAACACAAACAACACAGACCUUCCCCAAAUUAAAAAAAUAACAAAAUGUUCAAGUUGGUGGUGUUGUCUGCUCUAUUCGCCGUUGUCUUAGCUCGUCCCGGUUUAUACUCAUCCGAAUCUUUGGUAUAUUCUGCACCUGCUUAUGCCUCGGUUGUACAACAAGAACAUGGUUAUGCUCAUGUUGGUUCUGUUGUAAAAUCUGUGCCUUCUGCUGUCUCUCAUCAAAGCCAAUCCGUGGUCCAUAGUUCAGCUCAUGUAGUAGAAGAUGUUUUGGCUCCUGCUGUCAAGAGCACUGAAUAUACUACAAAAUCUUUAGUUGCUCCUGUUGUUCACACAUAUGCCGCUCCUGCUUAUGUUAAAACUGUUGCUGCUCCAGUAGUUUAUAAGACUUAUGCUGAAGCUGCUCCCGUUUUGUACAAAUCCUGGUAAAUGGAUUGUGCGAAAGAGGAAACCUAUUGAUUUUUGUUAUGUGAUUUUAUUAAUGAAUUACGAAUAGUUAUGUGACUUUUUUAAUAAUGUUUU